AUGAGCUUGAACCAACCUGUCAGCCCGCCCGUAUCAAGACGAAAGACACCAAUACCAGCUUCAUCUUCGUUGCUUGCACCUGCGCCGACUUGGAGUUUCGAUGACGUACCUAAACCAACACUGACAUUUCCACCCUCGCAACCAUCCCCACGGCACAAGCAGGCCAAUCAAAGUGCUGCAAGCAGCAGCGAGGCAUCGAAGCAAGAGAAUGUUGAUGCAGUCGCUGGGAGCAAUAUCAGGCGUAUUGCUUCGCCGCUUCAACUCACCAGGAUUCGAGAUCUGGCGCCUCAUCAGAAUGUUGAUACUGUGGAGUUGAAGAACAUCUUGGGUGAUCCCAUGAUCAAAGAGUGUUGGAACUUCAACUUCUUGUUUGAUCUCGACUUUGUGAUGCAGCAAUUUGAUGAAGAUGUUAGAGAUUUGGUCAAGGUCAAAAUCAUACAUGGCUUCUGGAGGCGAGACGAUGAGCGGCGGAUAUAUCUGAUGGAGACAGCGGAGCAAUAUUCCAAUGUUGAGCUUAUCAGCGCAUAUCUUCCAGAUCGAUAUGGAACACACCACUCGAAGAUGCUUGUGCUCUUUCGACAUGAUGAUUGUGCCCAGAUCAUCAUCCACACUGCCAACAUGAUCUCGAAAGACUGGACAAAUAUGACACAGGCAGUGUGGCGGUCGCCCCUUCUUCCACUGUUGACAUUCAAUUCGAUGCCGAAUGGGCCACAUACCGUCGGAAGCGGUGAGCGGUUUCAAGUCGACCUCCUCCGCUACUUGGGCAGAUAUGAGCAUCGUCUGCGUAAGUUGAGUGAGCAACUAGCUAUUUACGACUUCUCCACUGUCAAAGCCGCUUUCUUAAGUAGUACUCCAUCCGGAUCAUCACGACAAGUCGUCAGCGAGGCGAAUCCCACACAGCAGACUUCAUUCGGCUGGCUUGGUCUGCAAGAGAUACUGAGCGCGGUACCCAUUGCAGCACAGAAGCAUUCGAAAACACGACCGCAUAUCGUCCUCCAGGUUUCGUCGAUCGCAACGCUGGGUGCUGCGCCAACAUGGCUCUCGCACUUCCAAUCUAUGCUCUCACGCACUCGCACACCACGACAGUUUUCGAACAAGACAGAGCCCAAAUUCAACGUUAUUUUCCCUACGCCAGAAGAAUUACGCACCUCCUUGGAUGGUUAUGAAUCUGGUGCCUCAAUACACACAAAGGUGCAAUCUCCACAGCAGCAAAAGCAGUUACAAUACCUCCUGCCUUUGUUCUGCCACUGGAAGCAACCGUCGUCGUCGAUAUCAGCUCCCUCAACAGGGCUGCGUAAAGAAGCACACCGAGGACCCGCAGCUCCACACAUCAAGACAUACAUCCGCUUCACUGACGAGACGCAUGAGAGCAUCGACUGGGCGCUCCUUACGAGUGCCAACCUCAGCAAGCAGGCCUGGGGUGACGUUGCAGAUAAGCAAGGUAAAAUAUGGAUUCAGAGCUACGAAACAGGUGUACUGGUGUGGCCAGAACUCUUUGGCGAGCGUGAAAGCAAGGUCAGCAUGGUACCGGUCUUUGGGAAAGACGCGCUACAGACCGAGGACGAAAUCGAUGUACAGCCACGCCAGAGCGAGACAAAGCCGGAGAGCGAUAAGGGCAAAGCACCUGUUCACAACCUUGUCAAGAAGCAGGUUGUGGUCGGCUUGCGCAUGCCCUACGACCUACCACUCAGCUCGUACGCUGCAAAAGACAUGCCUUGGUGCGCGACUCAGGAAUACUCAGAACCGGACUGGAAAGGGCGCACAUGGAAAGGCUUCCAGCCACGCUAG